AUGCCCACGAAAGCCCCGUUCACAUCAACGCCGGAUAUGUCGGCCGAAGAAGAUGGACCAUUUGGUGUGGAAGUGUCCUAUGUGGAUACGGAGAACGAGGAUAACGACGAUUCCGAGGCAACCAUUCCAGCAACGGAGAUAAUGAUGCAUGUCCACGAGGACACGCCAGCCACAGUGCGGUACGUCAGUGGAGCAGUGAUUCUAGACGACGCGACGCCCGACUACAGCACCAGUUCCGGAUCGGCCAAUAACACACACGAUGAGGUCGGCAGUUGGAUUGACCUUUUGACCCUUGUUCCAUAUUGA